CAACAACUGUGCCCUAUAGUCUUUAUUUUUCAGUUCCUUUCUGUCUGUGUUUGUUACAGAGUUUGUAUAGGUUGAAGCAAAACUUAAAGGUGUGUUUUAGUAUUUAGUCAGUGUCAAAAUCUUAACAAACCAGGUUAGUUUGAUUUUAGACCGGCUUGCUGAGUUGUUUUCACAGAAAUGGCGACAAAGAUAAAAUCUAUUUUCCUAACAGCGACAAACAUGAAGAUGCCGGUGGUCGGGCUUGGAACUUGGCAGAACGCAAAUGAUGCACAAGUCGAAGCCGCUGUGGAUGCCGCUCUAGCAGCAGGGUACAGACAUAUCGAUACUGCCUUCGCUUAUCAGAACGAAAAGGCCAUCGGAAGGGCGCUGAAGAGAUGGCUUGACGAUGGAAAAAUAGCUCGAGAUGAACUAUUUAUUGUAACGAAGCUGCCCAGGAUCGCCAUGCAUGAGAAGUUCGUAGAAGACUAUCUGAGGCAAUCGUUAUCAGCUCUCCAACUCGCAUACGUCGACCUCUACCUCAUCCACAAUCCCGUAGGCCUAGUCCACAGUACAGAAGCGGUUCUGCCCAGAGAUAAAGACGGCAACUUAAUAAUAGAUGUCAAGACAGAUAUAGUUGCUAUUUGGAAGGCUAUGGAAAAACAAGUAGACAGCGGCCGAACCAAAGCUAUUGGUGUGUCCAACUUCAACAUUAGCCAGCUGGAGAGAAUACUGAAGAUAGCAAGAGUAAAACCAGCCACCAACCAAGUGGAGUGCCAUCUGUAUCUACAGCAGAAGGAGUUGAUAGCUUGGGGAAAGGCCCAUGGAGUAACAGUCACUGCCUAUUCACCCCUAGGCUCGCCGGGUACUUCUGAAUCCAUCAGACAGGAAGGGCGUACUGUUAAAAGUCAUAAUCCACUGGAGGAGCCAGCAGUCAUACGAAUCGCAAAAGCCCAUAAGAAAACUCCUGCCCAAGUUUUGCUAAGACAUCUUAUUCAACUAGGAGCCGGCGUCAUCCCGAAGAGUAACAGUCCCGACCGUAUACGUGAAAACUUUCUCGUGUUUGAUUUUGAAUUGAGUGAUGAAGAAAUGUCGGAACUGAACUCCUUAGACAGAGGAGAGAAUGGACGCAUUUUUGGAGUAUCUGAAAUGUUAAAAGGUGUUGACAAACACCCUGAGUAUCCAUUCCCUAUACUAAAAAAAUAGUGUAUAAAGUUAUUUAAUACCAUACUUGUUAAGUAUUUAGAGCAAAAAAUAUGUAUAAUAAAACAAUGUUAAAAAAUAAAAGUUGCUUGUUGUUUUUA